AGAAUUGCAGUGCAUUGGACUGUACAGAGCAGGGUACCAUCCAGGCUGUUGUCUGUGAGGGGUGGGGUCCGGCUACACUGACACCACCAGAUAUAAGCUCACAGAGGGACACAGAGAGGCAGAAAAAAGGGGAGAAAACAGAGAGAGAAGAGGGGGGAAGAUUGCACCUGAAGAGGAAUAUAAUACGGGAUGAAAGGAGACACCCCAGUGAACAGCACCAUGAGUGUCGGCCAAGCCAGGAAACUGGUGGAGCAACUGAAGAUCGAGGCAAGUUUCUGCAGGAUAAAGGUAUCAAAGGCAGCAGCCGACCUGAUGGCGUACUGCGACGCACACGCCUGUGACGACCCCCUGAUCACCCCCGUGCCCACCUCAGAGAACCCUUUCAGGGAGAAGAAAUUCUUCUGCGCUCUGCUUUGAGACAAAUCAGGGAUUGUUGUGAUUAAAAGUACAACUGUACAGUAUGUACAUGUAUGUACAGUGUGUACACGUACUUCCAAUUGAAAUAAGACAUCAAUGUACUAUAGUAACCUUGCAUAAAACCUGCCGAUGUACAGUACAUAAUCAACGACUUAAUGUCUUGAACUAAAUUCUUUAACUGCUAACAUCUGUCCCAAUGUUAGAGGGGAAGAACAAAAAUAUCAUGGGAAUCUGAAACCUAAACGCUCAAUCAACAGAGUGAGGGUUAUUACGACCAAGACCCAAAAACCAGACUAGUAGUCUGAAGAAAUUUUAGAAACAGAAUCACCUGGUUGAAAACAUGUACAUCUCAUGCUCAUAUAUAUAUAUAUAUAUAUAUAUAUAUAUACAUAUAUAUAUAAUACAGGUAACUGCCAAAAAGGUCUUUCUGAGCAUCACCUGUCUUCACAGGCUCCUCCAGUCAUAGGGAUCCUGCAGCUUCUGGAUCAUUUAACUGGGACACUAAAUUCCCACAUUAGGUCUAUGGAUUAUGGUGGUGCUACAUGUGUCAGAUGCUGCUCUGAUAGGUCAGGGCUGCAACUUCUCCCCAUUAUAAACUCCACAUCUACAUUUGAGAUCUGGCAACUGAGAAAAAGACAAGCCUAUGUUAGGUAAUUAAGUAUGACAUUUAACAUAGAUGACACCGUUUCCAUUUGGUGAUGCAGGUAAUAACAUCCAUCCUCCAUCAGAACAGAGAUGCUUUACUUACGAGUAUACAGAAUGUUUUCUCCAUUAACAUUUAGCGCUGCAUCUCAUAUAUUAUCAAUAUAUUUUUUAUAUUUUUUCCCUCUGUUUUGGCAGUUACUUGUAUCUAACAAGGACAACUAUUUAUGAGUGGAUUAUAACCAUAUAAUGUCUUUCUUUCAAGGUUUUAUUAAGACUUUAGCAUUUUGCUCAUUUCUAUACUGUUGCUGUAGUGUGGAUGUGGAAGUGUGUGUGUGUGCAUAGGUGCUACUGUGAAACUUAAGCAACAACUCUGAGCAUCUGAUCACUGUCAUAUCAAGAUUUUAUAGUUCAAUAGCACACAGGCCCAAAUUAAAAAAAAAAAAUAAAAAAAAACAUUCCAGGGGUUAUGGUAAUAUAAUUUACAAUCUAAGCCACUGAAGCAAAAUCAGCUAUUCAGUUAUUGUGAUUGUUACAUGAACAGUUUUCUAUUUCUUUAAGGCAAAAAAUAAAAAAAGUAGUCAUAUUGUACCUUUACAGACAGGUGUACAUCAUCAUUCUGAACUGAGCAGGUCAGAGCUUCUCCAGAGCAGAGGGGCGUGUCAGGGGUUUCCAGAAAAAUCGGAGUCUCUACUUACUCAUGAAAUGAGGGCAGAUGAGAAUGACCUGGGAUUUUCCAUUUUAGUUAAAGGUUUCACUUUCUCUGUGGUUAUUUCUCCAUCUACAGCACAAGCAACUGUUCAGUUCUGUUCGAUCAUAUCCACAAAAAUAAAAAAAAAAAAAAGGAAACUGCUCUUCUUCUAGCAUCUUCGACAUGAUGAAACUUUUGGGAGCACCUGCUCUGGACCAUUUUAGAAAUGAACUUAUGUGUUUUCAAAGUCUUGCAAAUAUCAAAUUUGGAGCUUUGGCGAAAACGUAACCAUGGAAUAUCAAGCAUUGAAAUAAAACCUCCUGUCAUCAAAGGUUUUCUUGUAUUUGUGAUUUUAUUUGAUAAAAAUUGAAUCUAUAAUGAACAUAAAAAACAUGCCCCAGUCUGAAACUUGACUUUUAUUUUUUAAUAAUAAGAGCAAUAUAAUUUCACAGCCAAAUACAGUGUUUUAAAAGGCAGCUGCUACACAACGGUUACAUCUUCAUUUAGCUGGUGACCGGUGGGUGCAAGCAUUAAUCUAUGAGUGGAAGAUUAUGUGAUACGGCCUAGUCAUGCACUACUGUCGAGGUUAUAGUUCAUCUGACUGAAUAACAUGUUAAAAUGAGCAUUAAGGCAUCGUAUGUUUAGAUAUACAGUCAAAGACAAUAUCAAGCUCAGCUGUAAAGACCUGACAGUCUGUGUAGGUGAUAUUCUGUCUUCAUCUAAAGCCACUGCAAACUCAGAUCAGUGAUUUACCUUUUUGUUGUUUAGAUGUAAAUCACUCAGCUCUUAUUUCUACAUACCAGAACAGAAAGGUUUUGCGUCACUCUUUGAAUUGCAGGAUACUAGAACGUUUUCUAUUGGAGCUUAUCAUACAUUCGAUCAUACGACAACAGCAUCUAAGCACAGCAUUAAUGGACAAACAGGGUGCUGAUUCAAUAUCAGUUAUUGGAUUGGAUUAGGAUGGCAUCCAUGAUUCUGUUAAAUCAACAGAAUCCAUGAUUUCCACACAUUAUGGUAGACAUUUAAUCACAACCAGUCGCACCAGUCUGGAUGUCUGUUAUACUCGACCCUGUAGCACUUCAGGCAGAUACAUCCUCUGUUUACUGCUAACAAAAUUAUCACCACUGUCAAACUAAAUUAUUAGACUGGUAAGUUCUUCACUGUAAAGGCUGAAGUCUCACCAGCAACAGACUGAGACCUUGUUGACUGUUUUGAGUUUGUUGCAACAACAUCUUUAUUUAUAUACAUUUCCAUCUCCAGGGUCAAACCAUCUUUGAGUGGACUACAUGUGGGAGUCUGGUCAUUUAGCUUCUUUAUUAGCAGGAAUUAAAGUUAAAAUGGCAAAAUGUUUAUUUAAAAAAAAAAAAAAAAUCAAAGUUU